GAUGAUAAUUUCCUCUAACUCUCACAGAUUACAUUUGUCAACAUUAUCAGUGUUCAUGAUCAUAAUAAUCGUUAGUAGAUUUGAAGUUGUGACAAAAGUAUCCUGUAUAUUUUAUUUUCAGCCUGAAAGUAGCUUGCAAACUACAUAACAUAGUACUUCUGAAGCACAGCUAUGACAAUAAAUCUAGAUAUAAGAGUCAAGAAGGCCAACAAAGUAUACCAUGAAGGGGAGAAAAUAACAGGCGUUGUCUUGGUACAUUCUGCGUCUGAUAUAAAACAUGAUGGAAUUUCUUUGACCAUGGAAGGCACUGUUAACUUGCAGUUAAGUGCCAAAAAUGUCGGAAUAUUUGAAGCAUUUUACAACUCAGUUAAGCCAAUCCAGCUUGUUUCUUGCGUGUUAGAAGUGGCCUCUCCUGGGAAGAUCCCAGCGGGGAAAACGGAGAUGCCGUUUGAGUUUCCCUUGACUCCCAGGCCGAAUAAGACUUUAUACGAAACUUAUCACGGAGUUUUUGUCAAUAUUCAGUAUCUCUUGCGAUGCGAAAUGAAAAGAAGUUUCUUGGCAAAGGAUCUGCUCAAAGUAUCGGAGUUUAUUGUGGAAUGUAAGCCUUCAGCGUGCGAGAAAGCCGUGCCACAUCCGGUGAACUUCUCUGUCACGCCAGAAUCUUUGCAGAAUGUCAAGGACAAAGGUCGCAUCCAUCGAUUUUUGGUCACGGGUCACUUGGACUCGACGGUGUGUUGCAUCACCAGACCGUUCACAGGGGAGUUGAUUAUACAGCACUGCGAGGUCCCCAUAAAGUCCGUAGAACUGCAGCUGGUCCGCGUGGAAACUUGCGGCUGCGCCGAGGGCUACGCAAGAGACGCGACAGAGAUACAGAACAUUCAGAUCGGUGAAGGGAACGUGGCCUGUGGUUUGGCAAUUCCAAUCUACAUGAUCUUCCCUCGGCUGUUCACGUGUCCAACCCUUUCGACAAGCAAUUUUAAAGUUGAAUUUGAAGUCAACAUAGUGAUCAUAUUUCAAGAUGAUCAUCUGAUCACCGAAAACUUCCCGGUUGUUCUCACUCGAUACUGAAGCGAGCGGCUGACGAAGAAGAAGUCUGGGGUCCUUGAGGUGAGACGCGCUCGUCCAUGAAGAAACUUCAUUCCAAGAAUUCUUAAAACAAGAAAUGUCGUCGCUCGGCAGAGUCCGGCGUCUGAACAGAACAUGGCAUCGGUUCCAGUUUCUGCAAACUUCUGAACUCCCGAGUUUCAUGUUUGCAAGCUUGCCGUCGUUGAUUCGUGCAUUUACCAAAUGUAAUGUUUUCCUUAAUCUGUAACUUUUUUAAUUUUGUACCAUAUUCAUUCAGUUCUGUGUUAUAUUGACGAUCGUCUUUAAAAGUUGUUCUGUGAACACAAAUGGCCGUGCAACAAAAAUGAAGCGCUUGAAAUUUU